AUCUGGCAGCCGGUUAAGCCUUUGAUAAAACGUUUUCUCGAUACAGGCAACGCUACGGCCACGAAAGCAGCCGCGAGGUCCAGCAAGUGGGCGUGCGUGCGUGCGUGCGUACACUUCGCUGCAGAACGCUCGUUGUGGUCUCGCCGCCACAUCCAUGAUAAGUGGUGCACAAACCCUCAUACGAGGGUAUCCAUCCGGUCACAGGCCCGCGAAACUGUCUUCAGAAGUACCCGCGUAACUGUCUGAACAAAUCUGCUUUGGUUCGCUGGAUCGUAAUAUAGCAAUGUUACUGUGCCUACUACGCUGUAGUUUUAAGUGAGUCCUAUUAAGUGUACAUCGUGCCGGUUCGACAGAUAGAUCUAGCUGAUCGGCGACGCAGCUUCUCUCGAAACGCGGAGUGUCGCGGUCAGCCACCAUGGCUAUCACUAGCCCGUAACACUAGCAGCGUCGAAACAGGAACAUAUUCCUUUCCGACGGACACAGUCAGCUUGGGCCAAACCCAUUACCGCACACUGAAGAGCCGGAGGCAAGUCCGAAAUCCGUUAUAUCCUUGAAUAAGAGCGAACUCGACAGAGAAUAGAAGCACUGCUAACCUUAACAAGCUCUCACCUUCGGAAGAGCCCAACAUGUCAACGGUACAAAACAAGAUGCGUUCUUUUGUGCGCAGCAUUUUGCUGGUCACAGCUCUUUUGACUGUAGCAUCGCGAGGAUCUCCACUGCACCCACGGCUCGACAGCGGCAGCGACAACAAAAGUAGUUCGGCAACCGCGCCCUUAUCGAUUUCGACCAACGGGACAUUUCCACACAACGUUAACGAUAAUCUGCUAGUUAGCGGCCUGGCGGCGAACAACAAAACCGCACCAAAGCUUAUAGUGACAUCUACUGUGAGUGGUGAACCCUGUGAAACUGAGCCUUUCUGCGAAACCGAAGAACAUCCCGUCCCCGAUGAUAUUCAACUGAAGGUACUGGAACAGAACUUCAACCGACUUCGUCCAUUCUUCAAUAAAGACCCGAUCAACCCUCCGGAUUUGUAUCGUAGCCCUAUAUUCUUCGAUGGCGACGACGAAUUCGUGCAGGCGUGCGAGACGAAGAGCUGGACGAUCGAUAGACCAAAGGAGGUUCGCGAUAUCGACGGGCAGCGGCAUUUUCUGUUAAAUCCGGAACUUGGAGGAUAUCGUCAGUCCAUCACUCUUUUGCGAUGCAGCGACGAGCAACAGCCAUGCCGAAAUAUUGAGCACAUCUUACCGUCUUCAAAACCCAGCCGAUGCGAAACCCGUUUCUGGCAUCGUCAAAUGACUGCUAUCAAUCAGAAUACAUUGGAACCGUACGAGAUCAUCGUGAAAGUGCCCGCCGCCUGCAACUGCUAUAUAAAAGCUACCAUUGAUUAUUACUCAUCCCCUUUGAAGAAUUAACAUAAAAAAUGAUUCCAUAAAAUUAUUGCUGCUCCCUAUCGAGCUUACAGACCUUUGGUCCUUGACGGGACUCGGUCACGGUGUUUUAUUUGCACAGGAGUCGACAUGAUGGCGCGCUAACGAACACCUUUUCGUCCUUUUCAUUCGUAACCCUUUCUUGACUUGUUUCCUAUGAUGAAAAAUUGUUUGUAUAAGAUCUGGGUUUAGUCAAGUAGGAAAUUCUACAGUUCAAAUGAUAGGUGUAGUUAGCCUCGUCGUACCGUAAGUGAUAGUCGAAUGGACGUCUGAGCGCCCGAUGAAUUUUCGCUAUAUACUCUUCAUGCAAAUCCACUUGACCGAGUACAACGACGUAACAUAUAAUUAAGACAAACACCUGGAAUCCCAGUUUAUUAUGUUUUGUUAAUAUAUGGGCUAUAUAUAGAUAAUAUAUUGUUAAUAACAAACUACUUUUCAGAUUGAAUUAAAUGUUAAUUAUGAAUAUGGAUAUUUUAUUGUAGCAUAUUAUCGGAUGACUCAGACACACACGCAAACCUGGGAGUCUUUCAGUACAAAUACGAUGCUUCUCACAGAGAUUGCGGCCAAACAUGUGUCUAAA